AAAGAUAUUUUCGAAAUUAACCGAAAUGACUUACAAAUUGGAAAGCAACUGGGAAGAGGCCAAUUUGGAGUUGUCUAUUUUGGUACCUAUCGUAAUUCCAUUGAAGUUGCCGUUAAAAUGUUAAAGUCUGAUUCCAUGUCAGAAGAGGAUUUCUUAAGAGAAGCAAAAGUCAUGCAUAAACUGAAGCAUGAAAAUUUAGUCCAACUCUACGGGAUAUGUAGCAUUGGCAAACCAUUAUUCAUUAUUUCCGAGUUUAUGUCUCGAGGCUGCUUGUUGGAUUAUUUAAGGGAACAUUUCAGUUCAACAACUGCUUUAAGUUCUCAGCAAACGGUAGAAGUACUCUUGAAUAUGGCGCUUCAAAUAUGCUCAGCGAUGCUGUAUUUAGAAGAAAACAAUUUCAUCCAUCGCGAUCUGGCAGCGCGCAACUGCCUUAUUGGUGGGACAAAUAUACAAAUUAUUAAAGUUGCCGACUUUGGUUUAGCAAAGUGUGUUAUUGAUAGUCAGUACUACCUGGCCUCUGAAGAAGCUGUUUUUGCAGUCCGUUGGGCAGCUCCAGAAGUCCUAGGUUAUCGUAAAUUCAGCAAUAAAUCAGAUGUUUGGUCUUUUGGUGUACUUUUGUGGGAGCUUUUUACUGGAGGUUUGCGCCCUUAUACGGAAUUGCGUAAUUCAGAGGUAGCUAGAAAGGUUUUGAAGGGUCACUAUCUUGAAAAGCCAGAAUUUUGCCCUAUGAACAUUUAUAAUAUUCUUCGUGAUUGUAACUCUCAGGUUAAUAAACAUUAA